UUCGCCCCUUGGUUGUUACCCUCUGGAGUCCUCGCCUCAGUUGCGGAUAGUGGGGCGGCAGGACCGGCCACUAGUACCUGGUGUGGCGCGGGUGCGCGUGACAUGCUAUGAAUUAAGUUUCCGUUAUUCCAGUCGGUGACCAGAGCUGGUGUCAUGGAGGUCUGGACACGAGCCACCAAAAAUGGGCUCUUGGAGCUGCUGCUUGGGGGUCGCUGGCUCCGGGUCAUGGCCGAACUGAGGGGAGACACACUAACGUUGACCUCUGACACCGAACCGGGGCCAACAGAACACCUCAGCCCACCUGGUGGAGUCCUUUGGAAUGGACUUAUGAAUGGUACUGAACCCGUGUCCCCGCUGAUGCGCAGCAGUCCGAACCGACAGCAGAACCAGUUCGGUCCGAGGCCCGGCAGCCCGUACGGUCCAGAGUUCGGAGGGAGUCCUGGAUCUUCGGUUCGGGUCCCGAAUGAUACCGGUUACAGCAGCAGCCCUGGCUCGGGACUGACGAGCCCCACGGGGAGUCGGUACUCGGGGGCUGGUGCCGACCCUGGUGCCAGGUCUGCCGUGCCAAGCCCCGGUGCCAGCGGUAACCGCUACGAGUACAGCCCCGAUCCGGUUCUGGAGUCUGACCCGGUGCGGAAAGUCCGAGUGCAAAAGCAGGAGUCGGGCGGGCUGGGCAUCUCCAUCAAAGGCGGCCGCGAGAAUCGAAUGCCGAUCCUCGUGUCCAAAAUCUUCUCGGGACUCGCGGCGGAGCAGAGUGGCGCGCUGCGCGUGGGGGACGCCAUCCUGUCAGUGAACGGGACCGACCUGCGCGAAGCCACGCAUGACCAGGCCGUGCAGGCACUGAAGAAGGCCGGGCGCGAGGUAGUCCUGGAAGUAAGAUAUAUUCGGGAAGUAACUCCUUACAUUAAGAAGCCAUCCCUAGCAGUAGACCUUCUUUGGGAGGGAACUGGUCCUCAGUCUCCAAACCGAACUGGCAGUGAGGACUCUGGGUCACCCAGGCACUAUGGCAGCAAAGAGAAGAAGGUGAUUCACCUGAAAAUGUGCUAUAUUGCUCGCAAUCUGAGCAUGCCUGACCUGGAGAACAGGCUGAUCGAGCUGCAUUCAUCAGAUGCCCAACAUGUAAUCCUCCUCCGCUGUAAAGAUACAGCGACAGCACAUUCGUGGUUUACUGCAGUCCAUGCCAACGUAAUAUCCCUUCUCCCUCAGGUCCUGGCAGAACUUAACGCCUUGUUACGGGGAGUUGCAAGCCCUAUAGGAAGCAAAGAGGUGAAACACAUUGGCUGGUUAUCGGAACAGGUCCCUGCAGAAGGAGGAAGGCGGCAGUGGAAGCCUUUAGUUAUGGCACUAACAGAGAAAGAUAUACUGUUGUAUGAAAGUAUGCCCUGGACACGAGAGGCUUGGUCUAAUCCUUACCUAACUCGCCCUUUGUUGGCUACCAGGUUAGUCCACUCUGGCGCUACACGGGGGUCUCCUUCCAUUGGAUCAGAGCUGACCUUUGCCACAAGAACAGGUUCCCCUCAUGGAGUCGACAUGCACCUAUUCAGAGUGGAGAUGCAGAGGGAUCUCUCUUCUUGGACGAGGAUGUUGGUGCAGGGUUGCCAUGCUGCUGCAGAGCUUAUUAAGGAAGUGUCACUGGUUUGCUCCUUAAAUGGGCAAGAAGUUAAUUUGAUGAUUCACUAUGAAAAUGGUUUCACAAUCUCAAAGGAAGGUUCUUGUCCAAAUGCAGUGGGUAUUCUUUACCGUUAUCCAUUUGAGAAAUUAAAGUUAUCUGCAGAUGAUGGAAUCAGAACACUCUACUUGGACUUUGGGGGACCAGAAGGGGAACUGAGCUUUGACCUGCAUUCGUGUCCAAAACCUGUGGUGUUUGUUUUGCACUCCUUUUUGUCAGCAAAGGUGACACGCAUGGGACUACUGGUAUAAGAACAAGAAGCAAAAAACCUUCAAGAAGAAAAGCCAUGUGUCUUUUUUAUAUUUGUGUAAAGCACAGAGAUAUCUAUCCCACCACGUCUACCUAGCAGUGUGUUACAAAAAUA